UAUAUGCAGAUAGGACAGUGUGUCUUAAUAUAGAAUGACGUUUGCAACACGUGACUCAACAACAUAACCUUAAACCCCAGUAAGGAAUAACUUCUGACUGUGCAGUUUGACGUGUAUCGGUGUGAAUUAUUGUUGGUAUUGUUAGUUUUAAAAACAGUAAAUUGAAAGAGGCAAUAUAUUUGAAGAAUUACAAUGGAUCCUUAAAAUUGCCAGAACUGCUAGUCGUUCCAAGAGAAUGGUUCAGGCUGCGUUAAAUAAAAGCCUACAAGAAAAAAUAAGUGUAAUCAGACAGAAGACUAAAAACCAAGGUGUGUAACGAAAGAUAAUGAGUAUAUACCUGAAAAAGGCGAAUCUGAAGAGACUGAGACUAGUGAAAUAGAAAACGAGUCAUUUUCAACGGAUUUACACUUAUUGAAGAACAAUAAAGCGACUUCAAAAAUCAACUAAUAUCAGACAUAAUAAUAGUGAGGCACACCGAAAACAAAGAAUCUAUGCAAACGAAAGUAACAAUAGCGCAGGAAGAUUUCUUAUCAAAUAGUAUGCCACCACUUGUAACCAAUUUGGAUUUUAAUUUUAUUGUUACUAUUCUAGAAGAUGCUGUAAAAAAGGCAAGCCAUACAUCAGAAAGAGAGUUGUACACGAGAAAGGGAGAGCUUAGAAAGAGGAGAAAAUUCGAAGAAAUGCCUAGUGAACGACAAGUGAAAAAAAUUAAAAUUUAUAUCGACAAUCACAAUGUUAAGGAAGUCUGUAAAUGUCCAAUGAACUGCCAUAGAAAAAUAUCAAAAACUCGACGGGAAUCUAUUAAUAAACAAUACUGGACCCUAUCAAAAGAUCAACAGCGGUUAUUUAUAUUCAAAUGUACCAAAAAAUUUCCGAAACGAAGAGAUACCUUGAAAACUGGAAACUCGAAACGCACAAAUACUUUUAAAUAUUUUCUUUUAGUGGAAGAAGGUUUAGAAGUAAACGUCUGCAAAGUAUUUCUCUUAGCCACGUUAGGAUUUGACAAAAAUAAUGAUAGUGUUCUCAAAAAUAUAAGAGUUUGUGUGAAACACUAGACGAAGACUAUAUAUUUUGUGAUUUCUUUUUUUCUAAUAAAUUAAUUUUCUUAAUAUUUUAAAUUUAUUAAUUUAAUAGGUGAUGCACUUAGUACCUAUUAAUUAAUGUUUCUUUAUAAAUAGGAUCCUUUCUACUAAGUUAAUUAGUCCUAACUACCGAUAUAUUCAAAUAUCUUUUUUUGUGAUGAUAUAAGUGAAAAUAAUAUUGUACUAUUAAAUCCAAUAAUUAUCAACUAACUCAGGCAGAAAAUCUUAAAAAUCUUGUGAUUAUCAAUUUUUUUUGGCAAGCAAUUAUUAAAAAAACCGUAAUAUCUCAAAACUGUAAUUUUGCAGAUAGGACCUCUUGUCUUAGGAGAGCAGUAUACCCUAUCCUUCUAUAAUUUGCAAGAAAAAAGGCGAUAAAUGCAUAGCCUUGGGUAAUCUAUAACAGGGGUCACCAAAUAGCGGACCGCGGUCCGCAUCCGGACCGUAUGCUAGUUUUGUGCGGACCGCCAUUAAAUUCAGAAUAUAGAAUGUGAUUGAAAUCAACAUUUCAAUCACAUUUUUGUGAUUUUUUUUAAACUGUGGUAGAAUUAUUUUAUUUUUAAAACAAAUAGUCAUAUUUAGUAAGUUUCAAAGAAUAUUAAAAAAAUUCAAGGCAAAGUAUUGAAAAAGAAGCCAACAGUAGCACAUUUUUACAGACACCACAAAAAAUGUAUUUGCGGUGGACGUCAGACUCGUCGAUGGAACAUGUGAAACAAAAAAUUUAAAAAUAUUUCAUUAGCUCAUGAGUUUCUUGAGAUAACGCUGUCGAGUUUUUUUUUAAGUUUUAUUGAUUUUUGAGGUUUGGUAUCACUCAGAAUUCAAAAUAACGAAAUUUUUCGUAAACAGGUUGAAAAUAAACAUAUUUAUUAAUGUUGAACAAAAAAUAAGCAUAAAGCAAAAAGUAUCUCGGCAGCGUGACCCAUGAAAUGUCUACAAAAUCUAUGCAAAACUUUAGGUGGAUCGGUCAAGUAGUUGGUUUACAAUGUCCACCGUGUUUGAAAAAAGCAGUAUUGAGAAUAAUGAGAUAAGUUUUGACAACUUUUAUUUUCAAUCUCUUUUUUGUCUGUAAAUUCGUAAAGUGAUUCUCACCAGAAUAUGUUUGUGAAUCGUGGAAUAAUUUAUAAAAGAGAAGGGGAAUACGUUUCUCACUACGCUCAAGCACGUUGGCGCUUUGUACAGUCCCUGGUCAUAUUAUUAUGACCACCUAUGAAUUUUUAUAGAAA